CAUUGGGUAACACCUUGCACCCCCUUAAUGAUAGCUAGGAGCCUCCCCACCCGCCGGGUCGGCACCUGUAACCACUGGCCCAGGCGCCCCUCAUGCCGCCCGAUAACGUGUGUGUGUCUCGCCACGGCCCACGGCAUGCAAGGCAGCCUCGCCAACUGAUCCCUGACAUGAAACCACAAUCAUUUAGUGCCCACCAGUCCCCAGUCUACCAGUUCCCAUCACCACCACCACCCAUCACAACCACCAGUCCAAAAGUUCCCAUCACCAGUCCACAAGUUCCUAUCACCAUCAGUACCCAUCACCAAUCUAAAAGUUCCCAUCACCACCAGUGCCCAUCACCAGUUCACCUCCCCAUCACUACCUGCCUCAUUACGAGUCUUCCCCAUCUCUUCUCUUUCUACACCAUUUCCUCGUUCCUUCAUUUCUUUCUUCUGCACUCUUUCCGUUUUUCACUUCGUUUCUUUCCUCUCUUUUUUUCUUCCUUCGUCUCUCUUUCCUUAAUUCAUUCAUAACUGCCUCCCUCCCUCCCUUUCUUCCUCUCUUAUUUCAUUCCUUCCUUUUCUCCUUUCCUCCUCUCUCCCUUUCUUUCUUUUCUUUUCAUUUUUUUCUUACCCUCUUUAUUUUAUUUCUCUUUCCCUGCCUCCUAUUUUUUUCUUCCUUCUUUAAUCCCUCUUUUCAUUCCUUUCUUUCGUCCUUCCUUUCUCCCUUUUUUUCUUUCCCUCUUUCCCCCUUCUUUUCUUUUUCUCUUCCUUCAUUCAUCCUUCCCUCUCUCCCUUCAUUCAUCCUUCCCACUCUCCCUCCCACCCUCCUGGCCCGCACCCUAACACACCACCAUGGACACCUGGCUAAGGACGUGCCUGCUGCUCUGCCUGUACGGGUUCUUCAAGGAGCUGCGUCCCUCCGAGCCCUUCCUCACCGAGUACCUGCUGCAGCCGCCGAUGAACCUCACCAAUGACGAGGUAAACUACCAGGUGUACCCCGUAUGGACCUACUCCUACCUGUCCCUCCUGGUGGUGGUGUUCCUGCUCACGGAUCUCCUCAGGUACAAGCCCGUCAUCGUGUUUGAGGGCAUCGCCUACAUCGCCACCUGGUCCCUGCUGCUGUGGGCGCGGGGCGUGACGGCCAUGCAGCUGAUGGAGUUCACGUACGGCAUCGCCACGUCCACGGAGGUCGCCUACUACACCUACAUCUACGCCAAGGUGGCCGGCAAGUUCUACCAGCGCGUCACCAGCUUCACCCGCGCCGCCCUGCUCGCGGGACGCUUCCUAUCAGGCGUGCUGAGCCAGAUCCUCACCUCUUCUGGGCUCAUGGACUACCACUCCCUCAACUAUCUGUCCCUCUUCAACGUGAGUGUGGCCUUCAUCAUCGCCUGCUUCCUGCCCCCCGUCUCCACCAGCGUCUACUUCCACCGCCAGCAGUACAUUCCCACCAGCGAGGGCGAGAGUGGCCUGCAGCUGGACGUGACGCACCGCAAGGCCUCUGCUGGUGCUGGUCAUGGAUUGUGGAUGAAGUUCAGGAGGGUCCUUAGGUUGAUGUGGGGGGACUUCAAGGAGGCCUACACCAACAAGUACCUGGUCAAGUGGUCCAUUUGGUGGGCCUUCGCUACCUGUGGGAACUUCCAGGUGGGCAACUACAUCCAGCCCCUGUGGGAGAGUGUUGCGCCCGUGGGAGGAGAGGACCACCUGUACAAUGGCGCUGUGGAGGCCACCCAGACCCUGCUGAGUGCCCUUUCAGCCUUUGGUGUGGGGUACCUGCACCUGAACUGGGAGUUGCUGGGGGAGGGGACACUGGCAGUCAUCUCCCUCCUUGAUGGGGCUCUGUUGGUGACGAUGGGAAUCAGCUACAACAUCAAGGUCUGCUACAUCAACUACAUCAUCUUCAGGGUCUCUUACCAGAUGCUUAUUACCAUUGCCAGUUACCAGGUAGCCAAGGGCUUGCGUGAGGACAGCUAUGGCCUGGUGUUCGGGAUCAACAUGUUCCUGUCACUGUUGAUACAGUCUAUCCUCACGCUGGUGGUGGUGCAGGUGCUUCAGGUGGAGCCGCACACACAGUUUGUCAUCUACGGCGUGUACUUCAUGCUCCUGGCGCUGGUGUUCUUUGGGCUGUCCUCCUACACCCUGGGACGCAUGGGGUGUGAGGGGGUGCAGGAGGCCGGUAUAUGGGAGCCCCCACCCCACCCACCCUCACAGGAACCCCCUCUGGGCACCAUUGAAGCUGUCUGAGUGUGUGUGUGUGUGUGUAUUUACCUAUUUGUAGUUUACCGGGCCCGAGCUAAGCUCUAAUAGUCCCGUCUCCAUAUCUACAAUCAUCCAGCCUUUCCUUCAUUUGGUGGACACUGCUCGCCUCCACCACCUCUUCCCACAAGGUGUUCCAUGUGUUAAUACUUCUAUGUGGAAAACUAUACUUUUUCAAGUCACUCAAACAGAUUUCUUUAAUAACCCAGUAGCAGCGGGGAUCAUGUUUCUUAAUGGUCCCUCUAAGUGAGAAAAAUGAGAGAAAAUCAUCACUCACACAAUUCCAUUUCAUAAUAUAUAUCAAAACAUUUGUGAUCAGUUUAUGCAUCAUCUAUUUUUGGGGGUUUAUAUCAUGGCACAAAUUUGGCCUGUCGCUUCUACUGGGUUAAGUUUCUUUCCAUGUCCUCUCAGCCCGUGUUCUCGCAGUUGAGAAGAGAUCAUCUCUAUCCACCUCAUCAAACUUAUUUACCAACUUAUACAGCGUGAUCAGAUCUCCUCUCCCCCUUCUUUGUUCCAGUGUCAUCCAGUCCAUCUCCCUCAAUCUGUCUUCAUACGUCAUAUUCGAGAGUUCUGGGACCAUUUUAGUUGCAAUUCUCUGUAUCCUUUCCAACUUUCUGAUAUCCUUCUGUAGUGCAGUGACUAGGCCUGAUAAGGGAGCCUCCCAUAACCCACUUGGUGAGUGGGGUACCUCUUUGGCCGACUCGGUAAUGAGUGCCUCUCCCGUCACGCUGUUCGUGGGUUCAAUCCCAGGCAGCCGGCGAAUACCCUCUCCUUGUCUUGAUUAAUUUCUCGUGUGUUUCGAUACAUGCAGAGGCGUGUGGGACUGGGGCUGAGAGAAUAGUAGAAAAGAGAAAAUCAAAUCUCGGGGCAUUUCACUGGUGGCAUAGCAUUGGGCAUCCUCUCCUGCAAUUCUGUUGAGUUUCCCCGAAGGGGUAACAGGUAGGAUGGCCCAUGCUCUCCGAGGGUAAUAGAAAAUGGGAGAGUUGGAAGUAUGUCUCUACGGGGACGUUGUGGAAUAAUGAACCGAUAGUGGUUACUAUCAAAGGUCUCAACACACAAAAAUUAAUCUACAUAGGAGGAAAGUCACGUAGUGCGGCGACUAGGCCUGAUAAGGGAGCCUCCCAUAACCCACUUAGCGAGUGGGGUACCUCUUUGGCCGACUCAGUAAGGAGUGGCUCUCCCGUCACACUGGUCGCGGGUUCAAUCCCAGGCAGCCGGCGAAUGCCCUCUCCUUGUCUUGAUUAAUUUCUCGUGUGCUUCGAUACACUUCUUUUUGUGAGGCGACCAUACAACUGCAGCAUAUUCUAUGUAGUUUUGGUCUUAUCAGUGUUGUUAUUAUUUUCUUCAUCAUUUCUUUGUCCAUAUAGUGGAAUGAUAUCCUUAUAUUUUGCAUCAUCCUGUAGGUUUCUACAAAUAACUUGUUUAUGUGCUUUCCUGGGGACAGUGCAUCUUGCUUUGUUACUCACAAAUCUUUUUCUUCAUGUACCACCUUUUAAGUUUUCUUCUCCCAUCCUAUAUGUUUUCCUCAGUCUUUUUUUUACUUUUCCCCAUUUCCAUAACAUGGCAUUUGUUUGCAUUAACUUCCAUCUCCCAUAACUGGCUCCAUCUAUACACUCUGUCCAGGUCUUUUUGCAGUUCUUCACAGUCUUCAGUUUCCUUAUUAACUUUGCAUCAUCUGCAAAAAGGCUCAUAUAACUUUCUAUACCCAUCAGCAUAUCAUUUAUAUAUAUAUAUAUAUAUAUAUAUAUAUAUAUAUAUAUAUAUAUAUAUAUAUAUAUAUAUAUAUAUAUAUAUAUAUAUAUAUAUAUAUAUAUAUAUUAUGAACAUUAUUGGCGCCAGAACUGUGCCUUGAGGAACUCCACUCUCUACUCUCCUCCAAUUUGGUUUCUUUUCUCUAAUCACCAUCCUCAUUUCUCUUCCUGUUAAGUAAUCCUUCAUCGACUCUAUAACCUUUCCGUCCAUUCCUUCCCAUUUCUGUAGUUUCCAGAUUAACCUUUUGUGUGGAACCUUGUCUAAAGCUUUUUUCAAAUUGAGAUAUACCUACACAAUUAGCCCAUCCUUCUCUCUCUUGUACCACGUCUAUUGCUCUUGAGUAGAAACAUACACGUAAGAAGUUGGUGUGUGUGUGUGUGUGUGUAUGUGUGUGUGUGUGUGUGUGUGUGUGUGUUUACCAGGCCACAACUAAACACAGAACCAUGGAUUUAUUUGUGAUGACUUGUGGUAAUGAUUGCAAGGGAAGAUAGAUUGACCGUAGAAUUUUAAAUCUUGUAUGAGAAAAUAUGCAGUCAGAUGCUGGAAGUUUGUGUUGUAGAUGGAAUUUCAUCACUCACUCACUCACUCACAUAUGCACAAACACACAGACACAAUAACUGUUGCCUUGCUCUAAUUGGGAGGGUACUUGCUGCUUAUGACAAGUCCAGCUCAUGAUCCGAGUGUGGUGAAUUACACACAGUGGCUGAGUGGUCAGUGAGUGAUAGCAGUGUCCUGGAACACCCCCGGAUUCAAGUCCCGUCUGCUGCUACAAGCUGAUAAUUUUCAAUCAUUGCCAUGUGGCUUAAGACUACUCGUAUGCUCUUCUGAAGACCAACUAACAACCUGGAUACUAGAUUACUCAAAAAAGGAUAAAAAAUGACCUGGGUGCAGCAUGAGCCAAGCAAGAUGGCGCCACUAUGAGCACUUGUCUGUGUCAUAAAUGGCUGGGGCCAACCACCAUGUCCCGCCAAGGAAGCCUACCAGCACCAUAGGUUGAACGCAAAACACACACACACACACACACACACACACACACACACACACACAUAGCACUUAGCAAAGACAUUGUUGAAGCAGGUAGUGUCCAUAAAAUGAAGGAAGAGCAAGUCAAAUAUAGAUUGGGAGGCAGGACUGACCGAGCUUGAGCUCAGGCCCUGUACACUACAAAUAGGUAAAAACUAAAAUAGGUAAACACACCAUACAGUACUCCAUAGCGGGCUUUUCUUCUACAUUUUUCUUUUUGUUGCCCUUGAAGUGCUUCCUUUGUUGUUGUUGUAUAGCUCAAUUGGUUUAAGCUCUGCGCUGCCAGGCUUUACAGCCUGACAGGCGGAGGUUAGAGCCCUGUUCAGUCCAGGAUUUUUCCGCUGACAAGGAGUAGUUACUGUUCCCUCUUUAGCAGAGAGAAUCAACGUUGUCAAGUGUCAUGGUAUUUAUACAAAAUCUUUGUAAUCUUAACACUAUAUGACCUUAUUGGAUAAUCCAAUUAUUUAAUUAAUUCAUUUCAAGGUAGUAAAUAGCUGACAUAUGAGAGGAAGCGAGAGGUCUUGAGAGUGUGUGGCAAAGCUCUCGUGAUCAGGCCAUGGUGAAUUACACACACACACACACACACACACACACAAGAAACACUGGACAAAAUUUCUAGAACAUAAUAUAAUCACAGAUAAACAGUAUGGCUUUAGAAAAGGGCACUCAUGUGUAACAAACUUACUGAGCUUUUACUCAAGUGUAACAGACAUAAUACAGGAGAGGGACGGAUGGGUUGAUUGCGUGUACUUGGACCUGAAGAAGGCUUUUGACAAAGUUCCACACACAAGACUACUAUGGAAGCUGGAGAAUAAAGGAUGAUUGAAAGGGAAAAUGAAGAACUGGAUGGAAAGUUACUUAAGGGGAAGAGAGAUGAGAACAGUGGUAAAGGACAUGAAAUCGGAAUGGAGAUUUGUAGAUAGUGGAGUGCCUCAAGGAUCGGUAUUGGCACCAAUACUUUUCCUAGUAUAUAUAAAUGAUAUGCCAGAGAGAGUAAACAGUUAUAUGAGCCUGUUUGCAGAUGAUACAAAACUGCUGAGACAUAUAAGAAACAGUAAAGACUGUGAAAUUCUGCAAGAUGACCAGAAUAAGAUUUGCGAAUGGAGUAUGAAAUGGGAGAAGGAAUUCAACGUGAAGAAAUGUCAUGUAAUGGAAAUGGGGAAGAGUGAAGGGAGACCAAAAUGGACAUAUAGAAUGGGAGAUGGAGAAAUAUUAACCCUUUCAUGGCUAAACGCUUGCAGCGAGCGUUAGGCGUAUUCGCUGGUGGUGCUAAAUGCUCGCUGCGAGCUCCAGCCGUACCCAAAUCUCCCGCAUAUGAGUGUUCCAACAAUAUUUCUCGCAACACAGCAUUGCCAAUUGAGUGGGUUCUCCACUAAAUUUGGUGGAAAAUCAUGUCGGCCCAGCGCGGAAAAUCUACGGACGAGCAACUGGUGGAUGUUAAUUUUGUCCAAUAUAGCGACAUUUUUGCAUAGCUUCACCUAUCACAUGACUGAUAUUUUGACCUAAUAGUUGUAAAUUUAGCAGCUGGCAAUGCUGCCCUGCCAGCACCCCAUCAUCAAGAGAUCUACAGUAGUUGCCUUAUGGCUGACCAUCGCGCAAGUAUAGAUGUACGUCUUCAUAGGCAACACCCCUUUAACAUGCCUGUACUUUCGCAGGAGAGGCUUACAUUACCGAAUCGUAUAGAUCUUGGCUUCCUCUUUCCAAUGGUGUUUUUGUUUUUUAGCUGUGAUGAAUAAUUUUUGAGAUACAGAGGUUAAAAGAGCGAGCACUAGCGUCGCUUGCUGGUGGUGCUAAAAGCUCGCUGCGAGUGCCAGUCGCCCUCACAGCAAAAAACUCCCCCUGUACGUUCGCAGGAGAGGCUUACAUAACUGAAUCUUACAGAUCUUGGCCUCCUCUUUCCAAUGGUGUUUUACUUUUGUAGCUGUGAUGAAUAGUUUUUGAGAUACAGCGGUUAAAAUAGAUCCUCUUCCCCUGCUGAGGUGCCCGAGCGCGCCUGAGGGGUAGUCUCAUUGCGAGCGCUUAGCAAUGAAAGGGUUAAAGAAAGUUCAAGAGAGAGAUCUGGGAGUGACAAUACAAGAUAAUCAACAGCCCGAGUCAUGAUAAUAGGAUAUUCGGUGAUACGUAUAAAAUGGUAAGAAAUAUAGGAUUAGCAUUCCACUACAUGGAUAAGGAUAUGAAGAAAAAGUUAAUAACCACUAUGAUUAGACCAAAAUUGGAAUAUGCGGAGGCGGUGUGGUCUCCCCAUAAGAAGAAACACAUAAAACUAGAAAGAAUACAAAGGAUGGCAACAAAAAUGGUUCCAGAACUGGAGGGAUUGACAUAUGAAGAAAGGUUAAAGGAAAUGGACUUACCAACACUGGAACAAAAAAGAGAAGGGGAGACCUAAUACAAAUUUAUAAAUUAUUGAUUAAAAUGGAAGAAGUAGAUCAUGAGGAGUUACUACUAAGAGAAGGAAUAAACACCAGGAACACUAAAGGACAGUAAAAAAUUGAGGAAGGGAAGAUGCUUUUGAUACAAAGAAAUAUAGCUUCUCACAAAGAAAUAUAGAGGUUUGGAACAGACUAACUGAGGAUGUAGUAUCGGCGAAGAGUGUGCAAAACUUUAAGGAAAAGUUGGACAAAUACAGAUACGGAGACGAGACCACACGAGCGUAAGCCCAGGCCCUGUAAAACUACAACUAGGUAAAUACACACACACACACACACACACACACACACACACACACACACACUUUUAUUUCAAGAAUGACCAAUUAGUUAUAUACUUUACAUGUUAAUGUUUAUUAUAGAAUGUGUUUUUAGAAAAAAAAUCAAUUAUAUUUGUUAUUUGUCAUUUAUGUAAAUUUUUGUUGUAUGGAAGAAGAUAAUAAGAAAUAUAAGGUGUAAGUAACUUAAGGCCUUGUAUCUUGACGAGGGUGGCAAGACAAAGUCGUUUUUCUCCCCCAAAACUUGCCAUGUGUGAGCCAUGAUCUUGUGACUUUGUGAAGUGACUUGGUCCAUGUGGCAGACGUGUAGUAACUCUGGUGCUGAUAUACAUGAACGUAAGUCUACGAGACCCUAAAAUAUUUUAAAGAGUAUCAUAUGUGGUUGCAAAGAUGUACUUUGUGCAAUACCUGUGCAAUAACCUUAAGGAGAGCUUAGAGCACUUCAGGUAGUAAAAGGUUUUAUUCUGUGAUAAUGUUAAACCAGUCAGGGUGAGACACAUGGUGGAGCAGUGGUGGUGGUAGUGGUAUUUGUGCCUCUGUGGUGCAGUGGUUAGCACGCCUAGCUACAAAUCCAUAGGCCUGGGUCCAAAUUUUGGCCUGGGCAGUCAGAGCCCAGUCCACCCAGCUGUUUUUUUUCCCUUUUGCACUUGUUGACAAAUGGGUAUGUGGGAAAACCAGGGGAAAGUAAACCAUGGUAACCUGGAUGUCACACUGGCCAUGUGUAAUUGAUUAUUUUCUGACACAGGCUCACUGAAGCCACCCGCAGCUAUAGUGUAUGCCCCCAGCUUCACCUUACCAGUCACCUGUAACACUAUCACCAUUACCACAAUCCACCACAUGCUGUAGACUGUUUAGAGUAUAAUGUAUUUUAUUAUGGUUAAGCAUAUUUUUGGGAAGAAGUGUACAUAAUAUACUUUGUUAGAUUGUUA